ACAAAUUAAAUAGUUGGAAAAUUAAUAUUUUAAAAUCGAACGAUAACCAAACGACUUAUUAAUUAUUAUGAAUCGAAACGCUAUUGUUAAAUUGAAACGCGACCUCGAGAACCUUUACUCGUAACCACAGUCUGCUAAACACUUCAAACUGUUUUUCAACGAAAUCGAGUAAACCUAGUCCGAAUUUAAAUAACUUUACGAUGAAAGCAUCGAACCUGCAAAAUAUUUUCGUUAAUAAAAAUUCGCUUCUAUCGAAACUUCGGCAAACGUUAAAAGGAACACCAACUCACGCCGCGAGAAAGAGAACAACGCAUCGAGUCACGUCAACUGUGUAUCUUCUCAUUGCCGAGGCUCCUUGGAAGUAGACAAACACCGGCCUUGUCAGACUUAACGCCGACUCGCGCGCUUUACACUACUUCGCCUGACGACCUGCGCAUACAGCUCCGGCGGCAGUCCGACGGCCAAGUACCUCCAACUCAAACUUUCGCGAAUAUUUUCAAACUCGAUCCUGCUAACUUUUCCUUCGCCACCGAACGCGGGAAUAUCUUUGCGCAUAACGGACGUUAAAAAAAGAAGACCGAGAGAAAGACUACGCGAGAGUGAAGCUUAUAACUUUGUUAUAACGACGGCGGUAAUGAUCGGGCACUCGAUGAACAAGUUGAACGCAAGAAGCGAAGGAGUUUUGUUCCCGACAACUUUUUGCUCCGUUGAUGCGGCUUUUGCGGUCCGUGCAAAUUGACUCUGAUUUAUAGCAGAGCUUCGUUCGACUUUUUUGAAAAACGGACGAGCAGCGGUACGAUAAACAGCCGUGUGAUUCGACAACUAUCGAACUUACUGAAACGGUUAGGAACGAGGAUUUAAAAAAAAAUCACACGCGAUUUAACACUCAACCGCGGCAGACAAGAGAAGACGAAACGAGCGAGCAACACUCAAAAACUCAACGAGGCUAAAACAAAAGCCUGGUAUAUCAGCACUCUUGAAAGCAGCACAAUUCCGGAGUAUAUACAGUCCAGUCGCUUCGCACAACCGACAGCCUCGAUCCUUUGUAGCCAACUGUGCUAAGUCCUUCUCUCGGAGAGCAUCAGCCGCCCUAAAGGCGCUCGUUACUCCAUUAUAGAACCGGUCAAUCCGGUCGUACCUCGACUAGACAAAACGCGCGGAACGACAAAAGAUUCGCGGGUAUACAUACCGGUAUACGCGUCUGCUCCAUUCGACAAAAGCGGAAGCGUCCGUUGUCGCGCUCGGCGCGUUAAUGCGCGGUCUCGUGCGUUCUGCCGGCGAUCGAUGCCCGAACGCGUACAUAUGCACACAUAUAUAAACAGCUAAUAAUCAAACGAAUCGCGCGCUUCAUAAACAAUCGAACGAGGGCUGGAGGGGGCAAGCGGAAAAUGCGUGUACACACGUGCAUACCGCAAAAGUAUAAACGAGUAUGCGUGUGUCGUCGCUGGCUCCCCGAUGCGUGCGUGAUACACGCAGGUGGGGACGUGUGAUUUUCACGCGCGCUGCAGUGGGGGACGUGUGUAUGCACCGUGCGGCGUACUGUCCGAAUUAACGCAGGCAAAAAUUUAUAAUGUUUGUCGGUCUGUCGGAGCGCUCUGAUAAUCAGCGACGCUUUGCGCGAGAGAGUGGUUCGAGCGAUGCACUUUGUGCGAGACUCUCGCGCGAGCCUUUGAAAGGCGCUGGAACGCGCGCCGGCUCGUGUCGGUUUUCGGGGGGAGGAUUUUUUUUUCGAAGGGUUUCUAUUCGGGCUUCCGGGUCAGGGGUUGAAUGCGGAGAGUUCGCUUUUUUGGGUGAGGUGUGAAGGAUGCGUUUAUCGAACUUUUUUUUUAUUUGGUUUUAAAACGUAAUUGUUAUUAGAGAGAUAUACUCGAGGACCUCGUUAUAUUUGGGUACUCUCGAUUCUUCUGUGGCUUGCUGUUUGAUGUUUUUUGCAUGAUUGUUUCGUAGAUACAUGACUCUCGAUGCAGAAAUGCGUUCUCAAUCAUAAAUGAUGCACAAUACGAGCGAUGAAGUUUUGAAGAUUCCACUGAUUCUUGCGCGAAAUGACUCAAGUUCAGCGUAAACACGCUCUUGUCGACGUGAAAAAAUAGUUCGCGACCAUACGAGUCUCGAGGUCAUGUCACAUUUUUGUAGAUUUAGUUGCCAUAAAGUUAUAGUACAUAGAAGAAAAUUUUAUCCUGAUACAAAGUUUCUUCGUCAGGGUGAAAACUAAAAAAUUGAUUUUCGAGCCAAUAAAUUACGAAAAAAAAAACGUAAAAAUUGAAUUUAACAAAUCUAAAAACUGCUUAAAAAAUGAAUAUUCGCAGACGAAAUCGUUCAAAUCUUUAUUCCUCCCCGUGAAAAACCUUCUCAAUUUGUCAGACAAACUCACAGCACGCUCACAAUCACGUCAGAAAUCGCGAAAUCCAAGUCCUAGUCUGAAACUCGAGAAAAAGUGCAAGAAUCAGCGCGGAAGAUUCCCAGCCCAUACAAAACCUAUCCCAGAAAAAGUCCAAACACGCCGAUCGUCUUGAUCGGCGCCACGCGAGCGCGGUUGAGGGUCAUCGGGCUACCCAGAUGUUCGACGGCGACGUCGCGCCUCCAGAGGGGAGGGGGGUUGUUUGAGGGAUACACGUUGCCACGAAUCCGUCACACACAGAGCGAUCGAACGCGAAAAUAAAAACGCGAGUGACUCGCCUACGUAGACAGACGAGCGAGCGAGCGCGCGCGCUUGUAUACAUAUCGAGAAGUCGACCGGAUGGCGCAAAAAAGUGCGAGCGAGAAGGGGAAGCGGGAGACGGAAGAGGGGCUGCCGAACCAAGUGCGCGCGUGCGAGAGAGAGAGAGAGAGAGAGAGAGAGAGAGAGAGAGAGAGAGAGAGAAAGCGUCGAUCUGUGUACAGUAUCGAGAGAGAGGAGAGGAGGGACGGCUAUAGUCAGACAGAAGCAAAGUCACCGAUAUGUGGGAUAUAUUCGGGGGAGGGGGGCGGGCGGCGAGAGCGAGAGCGCGAAAAAAGGAAGAGCCACUAGCAGAGGAGGAUGCAAUCGAAAGUAUCCGGCUGAUACUCUGUUUGUGCGGCGCGCGCUGUACUCUGCGAGCUUCCUUUUAUUUUUCGAUGCGCACUUGUGCGCCUCGCGUGCGCGGGAACUUCUGUCGCGUAAGUAUGCAGGAAUGACUUAUUUUUGAAUUGUUUAUAUACGAGCGCGGACGAGAGCAUCGAAUUGUUUUAUCGCCGUUUUCGGGCGGGUGUCGGUGGAUUUUAAACAUUGAUAACGCGAGCCCUCGUGUAAAUGCGAUGAAGCAUUGUUGUCGUAACGGCUGCGUAAACAAUCUCGGUUUGCUGUGUGUCGAAGCGGGAUCGAUCAUUUUUCUCGAAAUUCAUCGUUUCUGCGUUACGAUUUUAGAUUCGACGAAUUUAAUCAUUGACGGUGAAUAGACCAUAGAAGCUUCGAAUUCAAUAAUUAAAUUAGCUUGGAACCGAUGAGCCCGGAAUAGAAAGUAAGAUGUUAAAUGAAGGAAGCUAAGUAAUGCAAUAUCAGUGUUAUUCCAUGUUAAUCCGCUGACAUUUUUUUCUGCUAAAAUUGGAUAGUUAUAUCGGUCGACAAAAGCUGGUCAUCUCGAAUCGAUGCGAAUCGAUGCUGUGCAAUUACACUCCUUUUAAAAUUUACAAUAGCGUCUACGAAGCCGUUUAUAAUCGAUGAUAAUUUCUAAAAAGUCGAAUCGCCGAGCAAUUCAAACUUGGCCAUCGCGAGUUUUCCAUUAUAGCCGCUAUUGUGAAAGGAAAAAAACUCGCCGAAGAAAUAAUCCGGAGGAGGCCGGUGAAUACUUUUCAAGUCCAUCGAGUCAGAAGGACCGUCUAAAAAUCGGAGAGCAAAGAUCGGGCGAAGGAAAAAGGGUUGCUCUCGAGCGGUCGAGCGAGUUAACUAGGAAACCCGAUUGUCCGUGCUUUUUAUCUCAAGACGUGCGGGAGCGAGAGAAAGAGAUCGAGGGGCGGCUCGGGUAGGGGGUGCGGGCACUGGUCAGAGAAGUCGAGAGCAGGACGGAAGGGUUUCGCCGAGAGAGAGAGAGGAAGCGGGGGCGAUGCGCGGAGCAGUAGAAGGAGAAGAAGAGUUCUGGUCCACGGCUACUCUCUUGGCGUCCACGGUGGUAGGGAAGACUCUCUGUCUCUCUCUUUCUCGCUCUCUUGGCCUCGAGUCGCGGACUAUGCGCUUCGCGGCAGCGAGAAAAGAGGGGCUCGCGCUCUCGGUGGGGGGUCGAAUCUUCCCCUGGUGGCGCGCUUGCGGGGGUGGCUGCACCGCCGGUGGUGGUGGAAGUCUGCCGCCUCGCGCGGCUGGAGGGGAUAAGACUGGCCUCGCGGCCGGCGGGCGUGGAGGUGGCAUAAGGGUUGAUAGCUGCCGUCCACCCCCUCUCGCCGCGGCGGGAGGAGAAGCCGCCUCGGCGCUGCUGGUGGGGAGGAAGCGCAGACAUGAAGAGAGAGAGAGAGAGAGAGAGAGUGUGUGCGUGCGUACGUGUGCGGCUGGCUGUACCGUGCUGCUGGAGCGCCGCGCGGCCGCGCAGGGUUAGGCUGGUAUCUUGCGGGCUCGCCGUCAGUAGCAAAGCGGCGGCCUUAUCAUACGGAGCGCUCGUGUAGCACGCACGGGGUGCUGCCGGGGCUUGACCAGCCUCUCUCACACACACGACUACAAGCCACACACCCACACUACUCCAGCCGCGCGCGCACAGACUCUGUUCCGCCGGCCACCGAGGAGACGCACUUAAGACGCAGCCUCCGCAACAGUAACGAGAGUGAGAGAGCGAGAGCGCACGCUGUGCAUCGCAGGACGGGUACACGCCUCCUCAGCCCCCGUCUCCCUCCACCCCCCGCCGCGCACCUACACACGUCCCCCUAUACGUAUACACACACGUAAGUGCAAGGAGAAGGUGGCCCCCUCGCGCGGACACGCACACACACGUGCACACAGCAGCAGCGGCAGUGAGAGGAGAAGAGAGAGAGAGAGAGAGAGAGAGAGAGAGAGAGAGAGAGAGAGAGAGAGAGAGAGAGAGAUAAGAGGCAGUAGAGCGGCAGCGCCGGCGACGACGACGACGGAGGCGAAGGCGACGCGCAGCCACCACACGUGAACAUCUCAAACGCGCGCCGACCGUCGAGACGGAAGCAAGCUUGACCAGCGCGCGCGGAAUCUUAGACGAUCAGUGCUCCUCGCCUACUCUCUACAUGAACAGUGCGCGCUGCAGCUUCAGUGCUUCGAUGGACGAGCCGAGCAGCUCGGACCUUCAUCUCUCGGGAACAUGCAUCAGCCGAGGAGCCGGACUUGCUUCUUCUUCUUCAUCUCCGACGUCCGCGAGUUAACUCAAGACGACGAGGCCGAUGUGAUCGCGAGGAUGCUUCGUCAGCGCGAAUUCUCGAGACACGGGACUUUGACUUUUCCAGCACGGCAACUCAUCUGAACACAUUACAAAUGACUUAGUGCAAUUUUCCGCUCCAACUUUUCCAACUCUCUCUCUCACACGCAAUAGUACGCAGACUCGGCUUUAAUUUUCUUCUCAUGUGCUCAACCGAACGAACAACCAUUAUCGUAUUGUUAUAACAGUGCCGAACACAAUAUGACGUGAUUUAUACUCGACCUUCAGUUAUUCACCGGACGGACAGUGUAGCCCUUUGCUUUCUUCGACGAAGUUGCACUCGCUGCCAAGUGUGUGCCGCGACUAUCUCCCCCCUGUGUGCACGUGUGAUCCUCGACUGUUCGUGCUUUGCGGUUUUUUAUUCCGACGAACCACCGGUGCGCAGGCCAACAGCGAAGAUUGACGAAUGACUCCGUGAGGAGGAGAGCCGGCUGCGCUGCGGAUACCGGUGCACACACGAGUGAGGGACUUGCAUCUUACACACCGCCACGACUGCGCUCACCACGUACACAGCAGCAGGCCACCGCAUCGUCUUUGGGAAUCGAGCCCGAGGGAGCGAGGGGCAGCUAGCCCUUUCGGCGAGCUCGAAGGAUGCAGCUCCCAGGCGGGAGCACGAGAAUUCCGCCGUCGCGAGUACCGGGCAUCUACCUCGGGCCCAUCGUCAAUGGCUUCGACAUCAUAGACAAGUCCAGCAAGAGUGAGAGCGACAACACCGGGCAGCAGCAGCAGCAAGAGCGCUCGAGGAACGAGACAGUGGGCCGAGCAGGUCCGCGGGAGGCCUGCGAGGGGAGGAUUUCGACGAGGCAUCGCCGGCAGCGGCUGCGCUCGUUGCUCCCGGUUCCAGGGCGGAAGGACUGGCCCGCGGAAUAGUAGCCGCGAGAGAUAAGAGACGAGGAGGCUGCAAGGAAGAAGAAGUGCGCGCGCACGAGAAGCGCGAGGAGAGAAGAGAGCGAGCAGAAGCGAGCAGGAGAGAGAGAGAGAGAGCGAAGUGGGGGACGAGCAGCUCCUCUCGGGAGCAGUAGGAGAAGGAGCUCGGGCGGCUCUUUCUCUCUCUCUCUCUUUCUCUCGGCGUAGACUCGGGCGCGCAGAGAGAGAGAGCGGCGCGCUGCUGCAUCGCCGCCGGCGAGUGCAGCGGCAGUGGCUCGCAGCAGCGGAGCGGAGCAGCUGUGCUCGCGCCGCCGGCCGCCGGCCGCCGGAGUGGGGAGCGCCGCGCGCUGCAGCGCAGAGACGGCGACGACGACAACCGCGCGGAGAGGGGUGCCAGAAGAAGCCCUGGCGGGGAGGGGAAGCGGAGGCCUUCGGGGGGCCGACCAACCAGACGGCCGAUGAUGUCAUCGGAGGAGGAGACCGACUGUUUCGCCCUCUACGGAGCAACCACGGAUAGCAAGCAACAGCAACUCCUGAAGAAGCAGAAGCGCACCAGACAGCGCGUGGACGCCGGCGAGCCGCGCAACAGUUACUCGAGCAUACCGAACUUUAGCUCGCGGCCGUCCUUUCUCGGCGGCGGCCUCUACGGCUCCAUAUUCAACUCGACGCCAGCGCAGCACUCGCAGCACUCGCAGUCGCCCACGAGCCAGCAGCCGGCGCAGUCGCAGCAGCAGCAAUUGUCGCCUACCGCUGCCGCAGCCAACAGUCAGCAGCAGCAGCAGCCGCAGCAGCACCACUCGCCGAACAGCCAGCCAGCCAUCAGCGGCCCAGCGGCCGGCAGUCAAGGUCAGCAGCAGCCGCAGCAGCCAGGCUCCACGACGACGGGCUCCACGACAGCCCAGCAACAUUCCGCCCACGCGGCGAGCUUCGGCUUUUUUGGGGCGCCGGGCUUCGGCCCACCCAACAAAAUGCUGAACGAGCUCUUCGGCCGCCAGGUGAAGCAGGCCACCGACGCGGGCGCCUCGCCGCCCGAGGGCAGCCACGGCAUGGCCGGCAUGGACGCGGCCACGACGAACCCCCUGCAGCCGGGCGCCGUCGUCACCUGCGCCGAGGACCCCGCCACCGCGCCCGAGCUCACCCAGCACAUGCUCCGCGAGAUCCUGCAGGGCCGCAAGCUCAGCGCCCUCUCCGUGCAGGACCAGCCCUGCGCCAACAACAACAGCAUACACAACAACAACAGCAUACACAGCAACAACAAUAACAACAACAAUAACAACAACAACACCACGAGCGCGGAGCUGCUCAAGUCGUCGCAGCAGCAGCAGCACCAGCGCGCCGCCGAGAGCCCGAGCCGGGAGUCGCGCGAGCAGCUGAGCAACGCCGCGAGUGAGAGUGUGCGUGCAGUGCAAAGUGCCGGCGAGGACAGUGCCGACGGUCCGAACCAGAACCACACGACGAACGGCGCCGCCGCGGGCAACAGCGCCGGCGCCGAGCGCGAGCCGGUCAUGCCCGCCGAGGCGGAGGACAGCGCCGAGGACGCGGCCUCGGCGGCCCGGGCCAUGGAGGAGGCCUUCGCCGAGGCGGGCAUGGAGCCUGGCGCCACCCUCGACGGCUCCGACUGCGAGCAGAGCCUGCCCUCCAGCCCCGCGGGCGGACCCCGCUCCGCCUCGGUCUCCGUCAAGGAGGAGAUCAUCCAGCUCGACUCGCUCCAGUGCAAGCGCUCGCCCAGCAGCUCGCCCUGCCCGGUCCUGCCCAAGACGGAGAACAGCUCGCCCACCACGGAGAUCAAGCGCGCCCGCGUCGAGAACAUCGUCAGCACGAUGCGCAGCAGCCCCGCGCUCCAGCCGACCGGCAUCCAGGCCCAGGUCAACGGCUGCAAGAAGCGCAAGCUCUACCACCCCCAGCAGCAGACCGCCCACCACGUGCUCAGCCAGCACAGCGUCGUCGUCAACGACGUCGCCAUGCUCGACGAUGAGGAGGAGAGCGACGAGGAGGAGGACUACGCGACGAUCCGGCAGAAGCGCGAGGAGAAGGACAACCUCAAGAGCCAGCUGAACAAGCUGUACGAGCAGUUCGCGAUCAUGCAGCAGAAGUACGCGGAGCUCUCGAGCCGCAUGGGCCCGGAGACGAGCGAGAGCGGCAACGAGGCGCCGCCCAGCCCGCAGCAUCAGCCCAGCCAGAUGCCGCCCAGGCCCCAUCGGCCGCACGCGCCCAGCUACAACAACGGCGCGCUGCCCAGCGCGCCCCACGACCACGCGGCCGCGGCGGCCAUGUACCAGAUGGUCAACCAGAAGUUCUACCUCGAGCAGGAGAGGUACGCCUCGGUGGAGCGCGAGCGCAUCAAGCGCGAGCAGCAGCACCAGGAGGCCGUCUCGAGGCAGCAGCAGCAGCAGCAGCAGCGGGAGCAGCGGGAGCAACGCGAGCUGCGCGAGCGGGAGCGCGGACGCGAGCGGGAGCAGCUGCAGGAGCGCGAGCGACACCUCCAGCAGCAGAGUUCGCCCCAGCCGCCGUCCAGCAGGCGCGAGGAGCCGCCAACCACGCCGCAGACGCCCCGCAUGCAGAAGUCCCUGACGCCGCUGCAGCAGCAGCCCCCGACGCCGCAGCCCCAGCAGCCGCUGCCGCUGCCACCGCAGCAGCAGCAGCAGCCACCACCGCCCCAGCAGCAGCAGCAGCAGCAGCAGCAGCAGCCGAUCCCACAGCACAAGGACUUCCAGGAGAGCCUGAGCGCGCUGAGGGUCGCCGUCGAGUCGGCGAGCUCCGCGAACAUCACGGUCGCCGACCUCGAGGGCCUCACCGACAAAAUCAAGACCGAGAUCUACAAAUACCUGAACAACCUCAUCGACAGCAUCGUCCUGAUGUUCGUCCAGGAGAAGAAGUACCUGGGCUCGCAGUCGGAGGCCGGCCAGGCCGUCGCGGAGACGCUCAGCAAUCUCAACAAGGACCUGAUGCUCGCGAGCCAGUUCCUCGAGAGGAAGUCCCCGCGGACGAAGGUGGUCGACCGGGGCCCCGGCCAGACGGCCGGUGGACCCAACGGCCCGAGGGGGCCCCUGAACAACGGUCCCGGGGCGCCGGCCUCGCAGGCCACGGGCUUCUCGCCCAUCGGCUCGCUCGGCGGCGUGCCCCACCCGGCCGGACCCCACUCCGGCCUCACGGAGAACAACCUCAACCAGAUCAACCAGCUGCCGCCCCACGUCAGGCCCAGCAGCAGCAUCUUCCAGACGCCCAAGCCCCCCACGAUAUACGCCAUGGCCUCGAUGCAGCAACAGCAGCAACAGCAGCAGCAGCAACAGCAGCACCAGCAGCACCAGCAGCAGCAGCGCGAUAGGGAGCAGCGCGAGCACCAGCAGCGGGAGCAGCGCGAGCGCGACCAGUACUGCAGCCUGAGGAGCGCCGCGGAGGACCGGGAGAGCAGGGACUCGGAGCAGAACGAGGCCCUGUCGCUCGUCAUCACGCCCAAGAAGAAGCGCCAUAAGCUCUUCUCCCAGGUGACGGACACGCGGAUCACGCCGCGCACGGUCUCGCGCAUCCUCGCCCAGGACAACAGCUGCUCGCAGGGCGGCGCCGAGAGCCCGCCCCCGCCACCGCCGCCGCCUCCGCGGCCGUACCACGCACCGCCGAUGCUGCCGGUCUCGCUGCCCACAAGCGUGGCGAUACCUAACCCCAGCCUCCACGAGAGCCAGGUCUUCUCGCCGUACUCGCCGUUCUUCAACCCGCACGCGGCGGCGGGACACCCGGGCCAGGUGCCACCCCCGGGCUCGCGCCAUCUGCCGGCCAGUCCGCCUGGAGGCGAGCUCAGGGACUCGCCGCCCCUCCCACAUCCCCCGGCGAUGCUGCAUCCGGCCCUCAUCGCGGCUGCCCAGCACGGCCAGCCGGACUACGGACACCUCAGGAUGGACAGCAACGAUCGGGGUAGCGACUGCAAUUCUGGCGAGAUCAGCUACGACGGAAUUCAGCCUACAUCGUCGACGUUGACGCCGAUGCACCUCAGGAAGGCGAAGCUGAUGUUCUUCUGGGUGAGGUAUCCGUCCUCCGCCGUCCUUAAGAUGUACUUCCCAGACAUCAAGUUCAACAAGAACAACACGGCGCAGCUCGUCAAGUGGUUCUCCAAUUUCCGGGAGUUCUACUACAUCCAGAUGGAGAAAUACGCGAGACAAGCUGUCUCGGAGGGCGUUAAAAACGUCGAGGAUCUCCAGGUCGGCGGCGACUCCGAGAUCUACCGGGUGCUGAAUCUCCACUACAACCGUAAUAACCACAUUGAGGUAUGGAAUCCCCAGGUACCGUCGAACUUCAGGUAUGUCGUCGAACAGACGCUCAAGGAGUUCUUCAAGGCGAUCCAAGGUGGCAAGGACACGGAACAGUCCUGGAAAAAGUCCAUCUACAAGGUGAUCUCAAGGCUGGACGAUCCCGUGCCCGAGUACUUCAAGAGUCCUAACUUCCUGGAGCAGCUCGAGUGAAGGAAGCCACGUCGCUCUUCGCGGUAUUCUCGGUUGUUACCAUUACCAAUGGCAAGGAAGGAACCUGCCGCCGCUUGGUAAACAGUUAAGCAGAUGAAAAAGAAACGAGCAAAACACCCACACACACCAGAUAAAUCAUUGCGCUAAUUCAGAACGCGAGCCUUCGUCGGAUCGACUCCCCUGUGCACGUCGGCGAUGAGCAACGGGCGUCGCAUCGGGACACAUCCCCUCCGACGUAGCAGCAGCAGCGGGUAUCCUUAGUAUGUAUCACAUAUCGAAGCGAAUAAACCAAAUAAACACUGAUGUGGAGGCGAGCGAAGCGACGUCGAGAGUAUGUAUGACCGAGCGAGCGGUGGAGCUCGCCACGCGACACUUUACCGUCUACACCGGAAGAAAAACGCAAGCAGACGUUUUAUCGACUGGAAACCACGAAUUGCCAAGCGUACGAAGAGAAGAGUGAAGAAGAAGACGACUACGAGGCACACAGUGGAGCGGCAAAGUGCGCACCUCGCUUAUGGACUGAAUAUACACGAGAAGAGGUGAACGGACAGCUCGGCGAACGGUCGAACGAUAUGGCGAGUGUCAAUUAAACUGAAACUGAAGUAAGAUAAUUCAGAGAGAGGCGCUCCAGCCGCCGCUCACGAACUGAGAGAAGAGACACGCAGCGGCGCGAGCAAGCCUCUGCAUGAAUUCCUUAGAUCGCUGAUACUUCGACAAGUGAUAAAAAUAUGUUCGUCCGAGCUUCUGCCAUCAGACCUCGCAGACACACACACACACGCGCGCGCGCAUGAAGACGUCGCAGCGGAACUAUGUCAUAUUGAAGAGGAGAGAAAUAUGAAGAAGCUCACAACGCAGCAGUGGAAAAGCCAGAGAAGACGCCUACCAGGAUCGUCGCGUCACGGCAACAGCAGCAGCAGCAGAAGCAGCACGACGAAGCAUAGCAGAAAAAGUAGUAACGCUAAACAAAUCGAGACGUUCGUUUUUAAUGAUUACAGUAAUAAGUCACACUCGGAGAGUAUAGUAAGCGAUAUAAUUAUAGCGAGAGCGAAACCAUUGAACCGUUCGUAACGAUUAUUAUUAUCCACUGUCUUGUAGCGCUAUUAUUGAUAUAGGGAAUAAUUAUGAGUCAUGCUUUUACUUUUCUACACACGAUUGAAAGCACACACUCACACCCGUAUAUAUAGAUACAUACAGUCGCAUCCCCCGUUUUAACGAAGUAUUAAGCAAAAUUCCGUUAAGUACCAUUAUUUGAGAUGCUGCGUGUAGCAGAGUCAGAGGGUGAGAUAUAGAACCGUGUCCACUCUUCGUCUCUACGGGUACCAAGAUCGAUUUCCAACGUCUAUAUCGCGUGUGCUUUCGUACGUACGCACAGCUCCUCGCGUCGAGUCGCUCGAAAAAAAAGAAACCAAUGACACCUCCAAUCGCCACGAGUUCGCGUCGAGGAAUCCACUUUCGUCUUCGCCUCAUUUUAAAUGUCGCGCUGGACGCGGAUCCCUCGGCCGGUCGUGCGCGCACGGAGGCACGUUACUUGUACUGAAGAAAUAAAAAUUAAAUUUUUACGUGUAACUAAAAAUAAAAGAGUUGACAACGAUGUGCAACGAAUGGCCAAGCCCUCCGUUGGACGUCGUCGUACUCGAUCGUUCAGUCAAACUGACAACGCUUUCGUAUGUAAGCCGCGAGGAAGAGAUAGAUAAACUUUCGACAAAUAAAAAGAAAACUAGACUUUCGUAUGAAAUGCGCGUGCGCGUAUGUAAGCGACAUCUUCGCUCGAGGAGAAGUCGUAUGUGUGGGCGCACAUGCUCGAUCUUGGUACCGGCUCUGCGAAAGCGAUUUUACGAAUAAACAUUGCGCGUGGCGUGUGCCAAUCUAUAGCUAAGAAGGAACGUUGCACGGGGAACGAUUCUAGAUUCUCGCCGGCGGAUGACUUUGGGUGAAGCGGACGCGUGCUCGCCCCUACUGGCGUAUACCGUGUAUUUUAUUAAGAGAGAACACAGAGGAGAGAGUAUGGCAGUUUCGCCACUCGCGCUUUUCGAAUUGCGUUCGCCGCUGGGACGAAGGAUGUACUUCUUUCAGUGCGACGUUCCUUCUGCCGAUAGAUCGUGUGCUCAUGCAAUCACGCGCGCGCUGAAUUCGAGAAUAGGCAUCGAAGAAAAAGUAACUAAAAAAAAAGAAAAUAGAACUGAACGAAAAAUUAACGUAAGAAACGAGAACCCUAGGUUUCUAUAAGUUGUACAUAGUUGUGUUCCGCAUAGGUGAUUUGAUGUGUUAGAUAUUGGACACGAGACGCGAGAAGCUAAAUUUGAUACAUUGACCAAAUAAGCGCUUCGGUGUCUCCUGGCGAAACAAUAGCUCUCGGCAGGAGAUACCGGCGCCUGAUGGGAUGAUUUGGUUGGGUAAUAUAGACACGACGAUAACUUAGCGAGACGAGACGAGUUUAUUAUUAACCGAGGUUCAGCUUUAUACGCGAAAGCUCAGCGCGAUUUUCGACACGAUGACGAUUGGAAAAUACACGUUCAUUUGAUGCUACGAAUACCUACUUUUUGCAACCACACUUAAACACCGAACAGAGUUCGUAUUAAAACAAAAAUGGGGGAAGACAAAAAAAAACAAGUCGUGCUUUUGAUUCGUUAUGCAAAUAGAGGCAAUGAUUGAAAAAGCAUCGCGAAGGAUUUCGAUUUUUUCCUUUCGAUUUAAUAAUAAGCGUAAAUUGAAACCAUCAGGCUGAUUGGAGUUUCGCAAUUGAAGACGUGAGAGACGAAAAGAUUGAGUGAAACAAAGUCAAAGAAAAAUUUUAAUUUAUUAACGUAGUCGAGUCGAAUGAUUAAAAAUAAAUGACGGGCGGCGUCCUAUGGGUGUGGGUGACAUUAAGUAAACGAAAAAAAAAACGUGGAGAAAAUGUAUACUAACUAGACGCGGGUACGUAUCUAUAUAGAGUAGAUUAUAUGAAAAAAAA